AUGGAACCUAGAACCCUUCUGUCCUUUGAGCUACAUCUGAAGGACUCUUCAAAAGAAGUGGUGGUUUUACCCAUCUGGAAGACACGCCCUUUCAAGCGCGCCGUGUCCUUAGUCGUCAUCCUUCUCAUUCUGGUUUUGGCCGGAGGAAUGGCGCUGGCCUGGUAUUUCUUGGGGUACAGAGUUUGGGUGCUGGAGCCUCGCGUUCUGCAGCGUUACGCAGCCUACUUGACCAUCUUGGACAGGAACUUCUCUGAUGAGCUGUCCUCUCAGAGCAGUCCUGCUUUUGAAGAGGAGGCCAAGGGUGCCCAGAACAUAGUAGAGGGGAUUCUAAGGAGGUCCGUUCUUUGCCAUUACCUGAACAGCACCACCGUGUUUGCCUUUGGACAGGGGAGUGUCGUGGCUCAUUUUUGGAUCCUGAUGUCCGUCCCCAGCAGCCAUGUUGGAAGGGUCACCCUGGGAAGGGUCACCAGCAGCCUGGAGGAGGGUCUGGUUGUGUUGGAAGACACAAAACUAGACAACUUCAGUGGAUACCGCUUCCAUAUUCCCUCGUUGUCUGUUACUGACUGUUACCACUAUGAAAAUGUCGCGUCAGUCACCCCCUUGGCCCUCCGCGGCCCAGACACGCAGCAGUCUUCCUGCACGUGGCAUCUCCAGGCUGCCCCCGGUUUCCAGCUGGCGCUCCGCGUGGGCUUGCUGGCGGCGGACCACGGGGGCCGGCUGCUGGUGUACGACUCAGUCACGCCCUCCGACGCUCACCUCAUUGCCCCCGUUAAUGGCAGUGGCAGACAUAACGUCAUGAGCUUCAUGUCGUCAGGCCAGUGGAUAACGGCAAUUUGGAAACGAGUUGGAGUCAUUGCCCACAAGGACCCCAUUUCUCUUAAUGUACAAGCCUGGGACCAGCAAGACUGUAACUUUACCAUAGAGCUGAAGGCAGUCUGGGAGGUCCAGGGGUCGCUAAGGACGCCUUUCUACCCCAGCUAUUACCCCCCCAACACCAACUGUACAUGGACAUUCCUUAUGCCAAGUCCUGACGCGGGUUUGACUCUGUCCUUUGAGGGCUACAACCUGAGCGGAGCCAGCUCCGACCAGGCCUGUAUGCAGGAACGGUGGAUCAUACAGAACCGCAGGUUUUGUGGCAGGCGAGGUCUUCUCCCCUACAGAGAGCGCCUCGUCCCGUCCUCCACGUGGGCGAGCGUCGUCAUGACCUCCGAGGUGUCGGGACCGGGGCUGCAGCUGCACUACAGCAUCUUCAACCUCACACAACUGUGUGUGGCCCAGUUCCAGUGCCCUGAGGACAGUCGGUGUGGGGACUACUACAAAUUGUGCGAUCAACAUCCAGACUGCACCGAUACCUCGGACACGAUCAACUGUACUCAAGGUGUGCAGUGCACAAACAUGACCUACAUUUGCAGUGACGGAACGUGUCUAAAGAAGCCAAACCCACAGUGUGAUUUCGUCAUGGACUGUCCUGACGCCUCAGACGAGACACAAUGCGACUGCGGCCUGAGACAGUUCUCCAGCCGCAUUGUGGGGGGAGUGGACGCCUCAGAGGGGGAGUGGCCAUGGCAGGCGAGCUUGCAGGUCGAGGGCAACCACAUCUGCGGCGGCGUCCUGGUUUCCAGCCAGUGGGUGGCAACCGCCGCACACUGUUUCUAUGACGACCGCCUCUACUCGCCCUCAAUGUGGACCGUCUAUUUGGGAAAGGUCCUACUUAACGUCAGCGGCCCUAAAGAAGAAGCGGCGCGAGUUCAGAGCGUCCACGUUCACCGUGACUACAACAACAAGUCCUACGACUAUGACCUGGCCCUGCUCAAGCUGGACCGCUCGGCGUACACCAUGGCCGCCGAUCACGCCCGGCCCGCCUGCCUGCCUCCCCGCACCCACCGGCUAGAGCCCGGCCUGCUAUGCUGGGUCACCGGCUGGGGGGCACUCCGCGAGGGAGGUCAAACGGGAGUGGUGCUCCAGAAGGUGGACGUCCACCUGGUCGGCGAGGAGGUCUGCGCUCGGUCCUACGGCCACCUGGUCACUCCCAGAAUGCUUUGCGCUGGAUACCGCAGCGGAGGCAAGGACUCCUGUCAGGGGGACUCUGGUGGGCCUCUGGUGUGUCAGGAGAAGUCCAGUCGCUGGUUCCUGGUCGGGGUGGUGAGCUGGGGCAAAGGCUGCGGCCGCCCAGACUACUAUGGCGUCUACACUCGCAUCACCAGUCUGAGCGAUUGGAUAGGGAUGGUCAUCGGUGCCUCCGGAGGUGCCUCCGUCACGUCAACAUGGACAUCAACAACCAGAACUUCGGAACUAAAUAGGUCCCCAGUUUUAGGUAGAACGCCUCAAGGGUCCUAAAAAAUCUAAUGUUCACUUGCUAAUUGCUAAUCAAACUAACAUGCUUGCCAUUCUGACACCUAUCACCAUGUUUAUUUUUGGUUCUUUGCGCUAAAUGCUAACAUUUAGGCUAGCAUGAGUCGCCAUUCUAGCACAGCUACGUUUAAUGCACCACACUAAAGUCUGAGCUAAUGACACAUUUUAGAUUAGGCAGUAGGGGUGUGACUCUUUGGACAGCUAACGAUUCGAUCCCGAUUCUUAGGGUGACGAUUAGAUUCAGAAUCGAUUCUUGAUUCAACACAAUUCUAGAAUCAAACCGAUUCUCGCAUUAUUUGGUAUAUUAAUUAUAAUGGAACUUUUUCAAAACAGGUUACAUAUUAGAACGUCUUCUGGUUGCAUGGAGAUGGCCUAAAAACAUUUUUAGAAAUAGAUUCUUAUAAAAUAAAAAUGAUGAUUUUUCAAAAGUUUGUAGUUUUUUGUAUCGAUAUUUGAAAAUUAUGAAUCGAUUUAGAACCGGGACGA